AUUUAUCUCUACAAAAAGUAAUUACAACAAAAUUUAAAAUUUUCCAUUUUAGACUGAAAAAAUGGCACUUUCAAACACAGAAGGCUCAAAAGGACUGUUGCAGAGUCGAGAAUUGUUUGAGUAUGUAUUGGAGACUAGUGUUUAUCCAAGGGAGCCAGAGCUUCUCAAAGAGAUCAGAGUUAUAACUGCAAAUCAUCCACAGAGUUUGAUGUCUACUUCACCAGAUGCUGGCCAAUUGAUAGCUCUACUUCAGAAACUAAUAAAUGCCAAAAGUACAAUUGAAAUUGGAGUUUUCACUGGAUAUUCUUUGCUUCUUACAGCACUUACAAUUCCUCAAGAUGGCAAGAUUACAGCUAUAGAUAUGAACAAGGAUACAUAUGAGAUGGGAUUACCAAUUAUAAAAAAGGCUGGAGUUGAGCACAAAAUCAACUUCAUACAGUCUCAAGCAUUAUCAACCCUUGAUGAACUUUUGAAAGAUGAUGCAAAUAGAGGAAGUUUUGAUUUUGCUUUUGUUGAUGCUGACAAAGUUAAUUAUCAAAAGUACCAUGAAAGAUUGUUGCAAUUGGUGAAAGUUGGUGGUAUAAUUGUGUAUGAUAACACACUAUGGUUAGGGACAGUUGCUAUGCCUGAAGAGUUUGUUAAGGAAGAUUUGAAACCAACUAGGUUUUACAGCAUUGAAUUUAACAAGUUUCUAGCCAAUGAUGAUCGAGUUCAGAUUUCUCAAGUCCCUUUAGGUGACGGAAUCACCAUUUGCUGGCGACUCUAAAGAUUUCGAGGAUCUAUUAGAAAUCAUCGGUUCAUCUUUAAAAGUUAAGUAUGACAUUGUGUCCAUUUUAUUUACUUCAAUGUCUUUUCUGGGAUUUUACGAGGUAUGUUGUGCAUAAGUUUGUCUACACAACUUCAAAUGACAAAUGAUUGAAGUGUUGAGAACUAAACUUCAAGUUCAAGGGCUACUAAUUUAUCAUAAAAUCUCUAUGUUUUCUAUGUAGCGAAUGGUGGUCCGAUGAUCAUUUUUAUCGAAAUAUUAUAUAAAAAGUUAUAUG